CGGGAGUCUGUGAUAUUGAUACAGGACCUGGGAUGCUGCCAGCCUUGCCCCUGUCGCAGUGGCCCGGGCCUGGCCCUGGCCCGUGUGUCUGCUGACGAGGGUGAUGCUUGGCCCCGGCUGCUGGUAUCCAGACUAGUACCUAGCGUCCCCGGGGUGGGACGAGAGGAGACACGUCCCAGGAAAUAACCCAAAUGCCCAUCCUGCUCCCUCGCACCAAGUCCCGAGGGUCUGCUAUGGAAGAUGAAAAGAUCAAUUUAUUCAGUUGCAUCAGGGAGCUGAUCCUGUGCGAUGUUUAUAGAGAUGAUCCCUACUUAACGCUCUAGGGGAAGGCACAGCCCAGCACAUCUCUCAGAAGGUCUCUGUGCAGACUUCCUGCUAACUAAUGUCAGGAGACAGUGAUUGUACCCGAACAAGCCCAUCCGUGGGGUCUCCAUCGGAUAAUGAGUUCCUGCCAGAUCGGCCAAGGUAUGUGUGCUCACUGACUCCCGACCUUAUUGCCAAGGCUCGUGAAGAGCUGCAGGAGAAACCUGAGUGGAGGCUUCGUGAUGUGCAAGCCCUCCGAGACAUGGUGUGUAAGGAUUACCCUACUCUGGGCACGUGUCUGGACGAUACUUUCUUGCUAAGGUUCCUUAGAGCCAGGAAAUUUGAUUAUGACCGAGCGCUUCAGCUUCUGGUGAACUAUCACAGCUGCAGGAGGAGCUGGCCCGAGGUCUUCAAUAACUUGAAACCAUCUGCAAUUAAGGCUGUCCUAGCAUCUGGCUUUGUCACUGUGCUGCCUCACUUGGACACUGAGGGACGCCACAUUGUCUGCAUUCGUCCAGACAGAUGGACACCAAGUAAUUAUCCAAUUACUGAGAACAUUCGUGCCAUAUACUUAACGUUAGAAAAACUCAUUCAGUCUGAAGAGACCCAAGUGAAUGGAAUUGUAAUCCUUGCAGACUACAAAGGAGUCAGCUUAUCUAAGGCAUCUCAUUUUGGUCCUUUUGUAGCCAAAAAAGUGAUUGGAAUUCUUCAGGAUGGUUUUCCUAUUAGAAUCAAAGCUGUCAAUAUUAUAAACGAGCCUCGCAUAUUCAAAGGAAUUUUUGCCAUCAUCAAGCCUUUUCUGAAGGAAAAGAUAGCAAACCGGUUUUUUCUUCAUGGCUCUGAUUUGAAUUCUCUUCAUCAAAACCUUCCACAAAGGAUCCUUCCUGAAGAAUAUGGUGGCACGUCAGGAAAACUGGACAUCGCUGCCUGGAAUGAGUUGCUGCUCUCCUCAGAAGAGGAUUUUCUGCAUGACUUCUCUCAGCUGGUUCUCCCAGGUGACAGCUCACUAUCUGAAGCUCUAGUGAGUGGGGAUGCUGAGGAGAAGCAGAGUGAAGAGCCUCUGCGAGGCAUGAAACCUCAACUCUACUACUGUUAUUAACAAAGCAGUUAAAGGAAGCUUCCUUGCACAGUCAGUCUAGAUGCCCUCUCCUGUUCUGAAAGGAAUAAGAACACAGUGGGGUUAUGAGCUCUUCCUUACUCCUAAACCUCCAGUUCGUGAGUAGACUGCUGAGGCAUUUUACACUGUGGAACCAAAGCAAGUUAAAGCGGGUGAGAUGGGGGCAAGGCAGAGUUCUUUUUGGAAUCUAGGCAGGACACUCAAUUCCCAAGCCACCUCAAGUAUUAUGGGUUGUUAAUCCCAGUGUGAAAGAUGCCAUCUAGCAAAUUCCUCUUAAUAGUAGUGAGAGAAAAAAAUAUCUCAUUAGAGUGAAUCUCAUAAGAGUGUCUCAGGGUAAUAAAAGUAGCAGAAAAGACUUGCUAGUUUGGCAAUCAUCAGAAAAUAGCAUAAUCACUGCACCCUGCAAAGCGAAGCUCUGUCAAUGGAGAUUGUCAGAAAUGUCCAAUUUGCA